AUGGUUCUUCUGCGGGGCGACGGUUUUCUCGAUGGAGGUACCGGUUUCUUAAAGGUCGGAUACGCCGCACAAAACUUCCCCGAAUUCCAAUAUCCCUCUAUUAUCGGUCGACCCAUCUUACGAACGGAGGAGAAGAACAGUGACAAUGAUAUUGUCCUUAAGGAUAUUAUGUGCGGUGACGAGGCGGCAGCUGCACGGACCAUGCUCCAAGUCUCCUAUCCCAUGGAGAACGGUAUCGUGAAGAAAUGGGAUGAUAUGCAGCACCUUUGGGAUUAUACAUUCUACGAGAAGAUGAAGAUUGAUCCCAAAGGACGCAAGAUCUUGCUUACCGAACCCCCUAUGAACCCCCUGAAGAACCGGGAACAGAUGUGCGAGGUCAUGUUUGAGCGCUACGGUUUCGGCGGCGUCUACGUAGCUAUCCAAGCCGUGCUAGCCUUGUAUGCUCAAGGUCUGAGCUCUGGCGUCGUCGUCGAUUCCGGUGACGGAGUUACACAUAUCGUCCCGGUUUACGAGUCAGUCGUGCUCAAUCAUCUCACUCGGCGACUUGACGUGGCCGGGCGAGAUGUAACACGCAAUCUCAUCGCCCUGCUUCUACGACGAGGGUAUGCGCUCAACCGAACGGCCGACUUCGAGACUGUGCGUCAGAUUAAAGAGAAGCUGUGCUAUGUUUCAUACGAUCUAGAAUUGGAUAAGCGUCUUAGCGAGGAUACAACGGUGCUGGUGGAGAGCUACACAUUACCGGACGGGCGAGUAAUCCGAGUAGGUAGCGAGCGGUUUGAAGCUCCCGAAUGUCUGUUCCAGCCUCACUUGGUAGAUUGUGAACAGCCGGGUAUUGCCGAGUUCCUAUUCAACACCAUCCAGGCUGCCGACGUUGAUGUGCGCUCCUCUCUUUUCAAAGCGAUCGUCUUGUCUGGUGGCAGCAGCAUGUAUCCAGGUCUUCCAUCACGAUUGGAGAAGGAGUUAAAGCAAUUGUGGCUCACACGUGUACUUGGCGGCAACCCCGAAAGGCUAAACAAGUUUAAGGUGAGGAUAGAGGACCCUCCUCGCCGUCGGCAUAUGGUUUUCUUGGGCGGAGCAGUGCUGGCCAACAUCAUGGCCGACAAAGAGUAUGUGGAUCACUCAACAAGAAUGGGCUGA